AUGUUAGAGCACAAAGCAGAGUAUGCGUGUAUUCUUGCAUUCGAUGUGAAAGUGGAACGAGAAGCGCAAUUGUUUGCCGAUCAUGAAAAAGUGAAGAUCUUCCAGGCCGAUAUCAUUUACCACUUGGAAGAUAACUUCCUCAAAUACAGAGAAGAGUUGCGAUUGAAAGCACGUAAAGAAAAUGAACACCUAGCGAUCUUCCCUUGCAAAUUACGCAUUCUUCCACAACAUGUGUUCAAUGCUCGUAAUCCUAUUGUCUGUGGAGUAAACAUUGAAGCUGGACAGCUCAAAAGAGGAACUCCAAUUUGUGUGCCGAGCAAAGAGGUAAAUCACCUCAUUAUCUUACAGGUAUGCAUCAAAAUUGAGAAUACCACUGGUGAGGCUCCCAAGUUGUACGGACGACACUUCAAUCACGAAGACAUACUCGUUAGUAGGAUUACUCGUGAAUCGAUCGAUGCCUGUAAGACAUACUUUCGAGAUGAUCUCAGCCGCAAUGAUUGGCAGUUGAUCGUGGAACUCAAAAAGCUUUUAGAUAUAAUGUGA